AUGUUGGAAGAUAAACUGACAUCGAUACUGCAGAAGUAUUUGGGGGAAUACUUCUCUGGUUUGUCGAAGGAAGCGCUGAAAGUUAGUGUGUGGAAAGGUGACAUUGAGCUCAAGAAUAUUAGCUUGCGACCUGAAGCGCUUAGACGCCUGCAGUUACCAGUCGUAAUAAAGUCAGGAAUCGUGAAGGCCUUGCGCGUUCAGAUUCCAUGGAAGAGCCUCGGAAGGUCAUCCAUUGUCAUCCAUCUGAACGGACUUGAGCUUUUACUUGGACCCAACGAGUCUGUCUUUCUUGAUCCGGCAUCAGCUCUGAACGCCAAGCGCAAGCGCGUUCAAGAUGCAGAGGAGCUGAUCCUGUCUCGACGCGAUGCCAGCGUCGGAAAAGACACCGGAGAUACCAGAACCUGGCUGAGCACCAUUGUGGAUGGUGUGAUCGGGAACCUCAAGCUAAGCAUCUCCAACAUUCACGUUCGAUACGAAGACUCAUUGAGUGAAAUCCAUGGACCCGCAGCUGUGGGAAUCCAACUUGACAGGCUUGCUGCCUUUUCCGCUGACAAGGAUGUUAAGGAGACUUACGUGUCCGGUGGAGAGCUUGAUUGCACUCGAAAGGCACUGGAGCUGCAUGGUCUAUCAGUUUAUUGCCAGCCAUCAUCGAAUGACAUGACGACUGCAUCAAGUGAUCGCUGGCAGUUUUCAACCUCUGAAUAUCUGGUCGAGCCUUUGAAUGGAUCAGCAUCAUACAGUCGUGCAGGAAAGAACCAGACUGCGUCCUCGGGCUCCCCUCAACAAGAUCUUGCAGUGACGCUUGACAAUGUUUCGUUUGCGCUUUCAGAGGACCAGUAUCGGCUGAUUAUGAAGCUUGUUGACAAGUUUGCAGCUGCCCAACGCCGACAAGAGUUGGCUGAUAUCCGACCUUCGUGCAGCAUUCAAGAAUGUCCUUCAGCAUGGUGGUCAUUUGCAAUAAAGGCAACAAUGAAGAAAAUAAAGAAGGGACGAUCUUUCACGGACUGGAAUGAGCUUAUUCGCCGCACCAGAAUAAGGAACGCAUACAUCCCAUUGUAUGCCAAGCACCUUCUCCAAAGAGCUGUCCAAAAGCCCUUUGAAAGGAAUCAGGAGCUUUUGUCCUUGGAGACGGAUGUUGAACCAGAAGUUUUGCUACAGUGGAGGCUUGUCGCUCACGAGCUCGUGUCACAAGAAAUGAAAAAACAGAAGGGGAAAGCUCCUAGAAACACUGCCCUCCCGACCCACCUUGAUGCUGAAGACUGGACUCAGUUGCAAGCGCUGUUACCCGAGGCUACAAACAGCGAGACCACAGUUUCUGAGAUUGUGCAUACACGGUGGUCUGUUCAUGUGAAGGAAAGCAGAUCAGUUAUCAAGGAUCCCCAUGGCGUUUCCCUUUUGAGCCUCAUCUGCAAGAGGAUUCAAGUUGCAUCCAGUAUGCAUUUGGAAACCACAGAUAUCCAUGUUCAAGUUGGACCGUACUGUGUGGAGUCACCAGAGGGAGCACUUUUUUGGAGUGGGCAAGGACCAGAGAACACCCUGGAUUUUUUAUGUGUGAUGCAUCCUAAGGGACAGAACCUGGACUGGGUAUUACAUGGCUCAGUUGAGCAGGCUCAUGUUCUGUUCAUCAAGUCAAGCUUGGACCGCAUCAUUGAGUUCUUUCAGAGUAGCGACGCCUUGAGUCCUGCUCUUGCAUUGGACACUGCUGACGCUUUUGAGCAAACUGUUGAAGAGAUCAAACGCCAGGCCCAGGCACAGCUGACGAACUUUAUGCGCUCAGUUUCCCGAUUUGAGGUUGUCCUUGAUGUGUUUGCUCCUGAAAUCACAGUCCCACCUCUGUCUGAAGGCUUCCAAAGCACCAGAUUGGUGUUAAAUCUUGGCCACCUUUUCCUUAAUUCAAGGGCGCAGCCAAACCACGCAUCCACAUCAAGCACGACCUCGGACCUGUACAUGAAGUUCCAUGCCAAAUUGGAAAACGUUUCAGCCUGUUUCCAGAUUGUCAACACUGCCAGUCUUAGGCAUCAACCUGCAGCCAGAGAAUCACAAAUACUGAAAUCGAUUCCUGUAUUAGAAGACUGCAGUUUUGUGUCAUCAAUUGAAAAGAUCUGGGUACCUCAGCCUGAUUUUCCAACUUUGAGGAUCAGUGCAAGGGCUCCAUCUCUGGAAGUUCACUUUUCUCCUGAGAUACUCCAUUGCCUUUUGAGAUCAGCUGAGGCUCUGCGGGGAUGUGGCUCCCAAACUGCAUCUGUUGUGCCCUGGGAGUCUGCUGACUACAAAGGCUGCAUCCAUAUCCUCAUGAGACAGGGCAUAUCUAGUACUGAAAUUGCUUGGCAAAAGAGGGUGGGGGCUGUGGCUGGGACCUUUCUGUACAUAUUACCCCUGGAAAAUAGUCCUCUUACAUCGCUUGAAGUCAAAGAUCUUGUCUCGUGCGAUGCUGGGCCGGCAUGCCGGUUUCUUGCUCAAUCAAGCGAGAUGUUGAGAAACCCCAGCAUGUCAAAGGACUGGUCAUUGAGUAAGGAAGAGACAAGUGAGGUGUUUCAUGAUGCGGACGAAUCGUCAUUUCCGACGCAUCCAUCGCAAGAAACGAGUGGUCACCGGUCGAGCUUUUGGAGCAUGUCAGACUACUACGAUGCUGUGGACUUUCCAGUGGAUGGUGGAGAUAAGCCGCUGACAACCGAUGAAGUUCCUUCUCUUGAAAGCAGGCCUGCCUUGCUGGAUCGACCUUGGAAGAGAACAACUGCUUUUGUCCAAGUCCAGUACAUCAUGCGCGUUCCAGAUUCUCCAGAAUUUUCCGGCGUGAAUGCUGAGCUAAUAUUGGACCUGAGUGGCUUGAGCUUUUAUUGCAACCGACCCACUAUCCUGGCACUGAUUGGAGUGUCCUUAGACAUGGCCGCUGUGCCCACUUUUGUACCCGAACCAGCAAAGUCACAACCUGGAAGUGCAGCAGAUCCUAGCUCUCUACCAGUGAAGGCAGAGGUAGCAGAGGACAACGAGAGCACACUUUUUGGGUUGACUCUUUGUGUGGGGGACUUGCGGGUCACUUUGAAUGGAGAUGAUGGCCUUCCCCUAGCAGUGCUCACAAAACAGAAGCUUGUGUUCCAGUUACAGGUCUGUGCAAGCUCGUUUCUGCUUGAUGCUGAGCUUGGUCAGCUGCGAAUCUGUGACCUCAGCUUGGGUGAAGGGCACCAAUAUGGCCUGAUGUUUUCCCCAAGAAGCUCUGAAGGCCAAUCUUUUGCGAAGAUUACGCUGACAAGCUCCAGCAUUAGUUCAAAUGGAGGUGGUUCCGAAUACUCUCUCAGCGUGCAGACUUCUGAAAUUCGAAUGGUCUACCUCAACCGUUUUAUUCAAGAAGUUACGUCAUACCUUUCCGGGCUUUCACCACCACCCGAAGAAGACACAGAGCAGGUUCUUCAUUCUCCUGAAUCUGUUGAAGACCCGUCUGCACGUGCUGUUGAUGCAACAGCAGUAACACCAAUCAAGCUCGCUAUCUUAUUUGGCGAGUUACUGCUGCUGCUUCCAAAAUCUUCCUCAAGCGAAGAAUACCUAGAGUUUGAUGUGGGAAGGCUGGAGAUUUCAAAUUCGAUUGAAGUCUUGAAGCUGCUUGGUGAUGGCAACUCAAUUCACGAUAUUAGUCUGGAUGUCAUGAAAGUGGAGAUUGAUGGCAUUCGCCUGCAUACGAUGGCCAAGGGUCAUGUCACUGACAAUAUGAUCGCGAGGCUUGUGGGCCUUCAGGUGUUUAUUGAGAGACCUUUGGGCGAUCCGACUGGCCUCAUGCCUGGCUGCCAUAUCUCAGUGAAGGUUGGGCAUCUCCAAGGAGGAAUGUGCAGUGCAGAGUAUGCAACUGUUCUUGACUGUGUUUCUGGAAAUUUUUCGGAAAUGCCACGGUCGACCUUGGUUUCCACUGCAGCACGUGAUUCCACUCCAGUGGCCUCUGUAACACCAUUGAAGCAUGUGGAUAUGAAAUUAUCUGUCCAUAUCCAGUCCCUUGCACUCCUCUUGUAUGAAGGAUCUUCACGUGAAGCCACAUUCUCCAAGCUUCAGGUUUCCAAUCUAUCUCUUCGCCACUUCCUGCACAGCGGGGGCAUCUCGCAGCUGUUUCUGUCUAUUUUCCAGGUUUUCAUCAAAGAUCUGACCCCUGGAGUUGCCACAGAGGAGCGCUGGGUUUUGGGGACUGUGGAUGACAUGGAAGGAGUGAUUACAACAGUGGGAUCUGAAAGUGCAUCUUCUGCUGAUUGGCCAACUCAUCUCUCUUUGCUUCCUCGUGAACAAAGUGGGGCUGAGCAUAUCCAUCCGUCACUGCCGAUGCUGAUUCUGGAAUCUCAGUUCACAGGCGAUGUCCAGAGCUUGUCACUUAGGAUUCAACGCCCUCGGCUGCUGCUGGCUCCGCCAUUCAUCUCCCACCUUGUAAGUUUCUUCACUCGCUCUGAGGAUGUCGAAGCUGUAUCUGCCUCUGUUCCCCAAUGGAGAGAUGCGUUCCACCUUCACACACCAUACACGCUUCAGCAAGCACCUGGUGUCUUGGAGAUUUCCUCUCAGAGGCCACUUGUUGCUGAUGUGCCUGAAGUGUCAGCUUUCACUUUUGAUGGAAACGAGGGUUCCAUCGAAUUGGUGUGUGCUGAGCGUACCGAAGCUACUGCUGCUGAAGCGCCUCUGAUCAUCGUUGGCCCGGGAAAACACCUCCGCUUCAAGAACGUCCACAUCUAUGGAGCUGAAUGGCUUGCCUCUGUGAUUAAACUGGGAGCUGGAAGUAGUUAUUCAGUUGAUGAAGUUGAUGGUGUCAGAUUGCUGCCGAUGCGCCCAAAAGAUCGACCUUCUCAGCAGAUUGACAAGCCCAGAACUCCCCAGCCUGUGCCUGAACAAUCAUCUGGGCAUUGGAAGUUCAAUCUCCAGGUCAUUGGGAUGGAGUUGAUUGCCAUAGAUCAGGCACGAUGGGCAGCAAUAAAAUUAUCCUCUCCAGAAAACCUUUUGAGGCUCAAGGCUUCUCUUUAUGUCAGCAUUCAAACUGUGCGAGGCAUGUCAGAGGUGAACGUCGCAGUCAGGUCAUCCGGAAUCAGCACAGGCUCAGGGUUGUGCGUGAUAGAGCCUGUUGAUUCUAGAAUGAGGUUCACAUCCUCAACAGGCUACACGGACAUCCAGUUUUCAGUUUCCAAUCUGCGUACCCACAUCACGCUCAACACGCUGGAGAUCAUCCUGAGGAUGCAGGAGAAGUACAUGAGCUCCGUGUACAGUGUUGCUGAAAAGCCUCAACAUUUGUGCUUGCAGUUCAAGAAGGUGUGGGCCUAUGCAGGAAGGUCUGACAUGCAGAGGAUUUCGUUUUGGAGACCAAUUGCGCCGCCAGGGUUUGUUGUGCUGGGUGACUGCUUGACAACAGAUGAUGCUCCCCCAACCAGAGGGGUGUUAGCUUCCAGAGUGCUCUGUGUGGGAGCCAAUUCCUCCCCUGGAUUUGUGGCUGUAGGUUGUGUUGCCCAUCCAGGAGCACAGCCUCCCUCAGCGUCUGCUGUGUACUGCAUAGAGGCGUCACAUGUGUGUCCUGCAGCACUUCGUGGCUGCAUAACGGUGCAAAUGAAUGACGGUUUGCAAUCGUUCAAGCUCUGGAGGAUCGAGAAUGCAUUGAACACAUUUUCUGCCCGACAGGAACAGGAGGCUGCUUGUCAGCAAGUGGAGGCUUCAAUGUCGUUGGAAGUUCCCUCUGUGGCAAUCUCGUCACGGCAGCAAGAAGGAUUUCAACAAGCGCAUUUCUUCAAGCUUGCUUGGGAGUCACGCAGAGAGACUUCUAGCACUGCCAUAUCUGUGUGGAGGCCCCUCUGUCCCGAAGGUUUUGCGUUUCUUGGCGAUGUCAUCCACUCCGGGUGCUCUCCACCAGAUUCCAGUGUUAUCAUUGAGGAGGUUGAUGACAGUCUCCUUGUGAAACCAUCAAGAUGGAAGCUGUUGAAGUACAUUCCGGCUCAAGGCACACAAGACAGUGUUGCUUUUUGGUCAGCAAUUCCACCACCCGGCUACAGCUCCUUGGGAGUGGUUGUGACUACGGGGAAAACAGCUCCGUCCGAAGAUAGUUUCCGUUGUGUGCGGAAUGAUGCAUGUGUGCCUGUCAAAAUCGCUUCUGCUCCAGUUUUUGAGCUGGUCUCACGCAAGGGAAAGCCCUUGUGCAAGCUUUGGCCUGUCGAGAAUCAGAUUGGGUCUUUCUUGGUCACCACUAAGGGUCGAAAAGGGCCACCUCGGCGCCUUGGCUUGGGCAUCUUUGUGCUGGAUGAGCAGCAGCCAGUCUCACGAGUGUAUGUUGACGUCUCAUUACCGGUUUUCUCUGUCACCCUCUUCGAUGACUUUGGGAGCCUGAUGAGUCCACUUGUCAAGAUAAGCCUUGACAACCUGGUCGUGAAGUCUCUCUACUAUGGCACCAGUGAUGUCCAUCAGGUCUCCUCUGGCUGCAGUGUGGAUGCCUUCAACAAUCAGCAAGAUGCAUGGGAGCCCUUUUUGGAGCCUUGGCAUGGGAUGGUCAGGGCUGAGUUGGCUGGGAAGGAUGGCCUUGAGCCACCACUGUCAACUUGUCGAGUGGUGUCCAACAGCAAGGUGAACAUCAAUCUAUCGUCAAUGAACGUGAAUCACUUUGGAGAGGCGUACGCAGACUGGCUGAAGCUCCUAGAAGCCAAGGAGGAUGCAGAAAGGGUCAUUCACAUGAUCGAGCAUGAUAAGGAUGAGGAAGGGGACACAGAAGAGUACACACAUGCAACGGAGCGGCGUGCUUACAUUGUGCAGCACAACUCAUCUGGCAUUGAUCUAUUCUUUCGAGUGGUGGACAAAAAGUUGGAGGCGAGAGUGUUCUGCUUGCCGUCUGGCAGCCAGGCUUGCAUUGUGGUGCCACCGGAGACCAGUUCUUUACAUCCGUCACCGGAGCAUCACAGCGGCGUCCAAAGUGGUUCCAUUCUCGCAUUUGGUGUCGGCGACUUGCAGAUUCCCAAGGAGCUGGCUUCUAAUCCAGAGGAGCUUGUCUGUUCUGUCUCGUUGACCUCAGCCAUUAAUGUCAAUGGGUUUCAGUGUGCUCAGCAUGCACGUACAAGCAUGAAGGUUCCUGCAAGUGCUGGGAACUCGUGGCUGGUUUCUUGGAACGAGGUUUUUCUUUUCGAGAGCACGCUAGAGGAAGGAGAGGCGGUGUGUGUUGUAGUGGAACGAAGCACUGUCAGAGGUUUGGUUCUUUUCAGUUUCACUUGGGCUGUGAAGCCUGAUGUGAAUAUGACAGAACACAAAAAUUGCACCACAGGCCACUCUUGGCUCUCCUCCAAUCUUGAGCCUGUGUCUAGCGACCAUGGCACUGCUCAGCUCAGUGUAUUCCACCACUUUGGUAAGAUUGGAGCUGAUGGAAGAUUGGAACCUCUGGAUGAAGUUUCGGACUUGCCUAUCCGGGAGCAGUGGCAGCCAUUUCAGAUGUCACUGACAAAGGAUGGGCCAUGGUCUCCCAUUAACUCUGUCUAUGGCGGUGGUGUUGUUCCCAAACAACUGGGUGGCACCAUGCUGGCUGUUCAAGUGUCCAUGGUUGAAGGGGAGAAGCAUCUGAAUGUCAGGUCAUUGGUGGCUCUAGUGAACAAGACAGAGGCUACACUGGAGGUCUGUCUGUGCCCACGCUCACUAUUGUCACAGUUUUCCAGUGAUGAGCACGACCGCGCUACCGUGCAUGCUGCUGUAUCAGAACGAGUAAGGCAAGGUGCUUCUCAGGAUGAGGGUGGUGGUGUAGAAGUUGAAGUUGUUGAGAUCUUUGAGAACGAAAGACAUCUGCCCUUCCUGGGUUGGAGCUCCUCAAACCUUCUUCCUAUCGACCCCAAGGGCUGGAGCGACCUCAAAUCAAAGUCGUCCUCAAAGUGCUUCAAGGAGCCUGAGCUGCCUGCUGGCUGGAUCUGGAGUUCCGACUGGCACAUUGAAGUUUCUGAGCAUGUGGACAAGGAUGGGUGGGCGUACUUCCCAAGCUUUUUGGAGGCAUCUUGGCCACCCAGAGGCACUGCACGUCGGGUGAAAGGAUUUCCCGAUGCUGUCCGAAGGAGGCGGUGGGUGCGUUUUCGGCAGCAGUCACCACUCGCAAAAGCACCUGGUCGAGUUAUUUGUGGCUUGGUCGAACCAGGCAGCGCACUUCCUCUUCCUGUCCUACCUUCAUCAACAGAACAGACUGACCCGUGCAUCCAAAUCAGGCCGUAUGUUGCACCGUCUGACGAGUCUGCAACCACUGCCGUCCCAUUUUCAUGGGGAUCUGUUGAUAAGCAUGCAUCAAAGGUGAUCAAGGACACCUCCACCUCAAGGCAGGCGCUUCCUCCCUUCUCAGACUUCCCUUUGCUAACCCUUGGAAAGACUCAAGAGUUGUUGUCCUGUCAGCGAUCAUCAACAGACAGUGAGCACCCAGAAACCCGCUGGAUGCUGGUGGAGUCGAUCGGCACCCCGUUAAGCAAGCGCUCAAACUUCACCCCAACCAUGGACUGGGAGAUUGUUGCAGAAGCGCCCAUGACUUUCUGCAACUUGUUGCCAGAGCCAAUCACUCUGUCCAUCUGGAGCUCUGAUCCCCUAUCAACUGAUGUUCUGCUGAAGGAAGAUGGUCUGGUGUUGGAACCCGGAGCCAAGAAGGGCAUCUUGUCUGUGCACCCAAAGGGUCGUCUUCUAGUGUGUCUGAAGAUUUGUGAUGUGUGGGUUCCACGAGACGAGUCUGAGGAGCGUUUGACAAUCUUUCACCCACAAAAGCCUCUUCCGUCAGAUGUCACUCUGAUGCAUAAAGAUACGCACAGGCAACUUCAAGUGUCCAUUGAUCGGACUUGGUCUGCCACCUUUGGCACGCUGAAGGAGGUCAUCUUCUCAGUUCCCUGCUGGGUAGACACAGCUGGCUGCCCGCCCUUGGUCCUCUCCCUGUCUCAUGGGUCUUCUGUUGCUGCCAUAGCUAGUGGUUCCUUCCACAGCCUCAAGCGGGCAUGGACAGACCGCAAGUGGGAUGGUAAAACUUCAAGAAAUCUGCUGCAAAGCCAACUUCACAAGGAUGAGGUGGUGCACGUGGGGCCCGAGGGGCGAAGCACGGUGAUGCUGUCUAAGUGUGAUGACACCUCUGUCAUUCGCUUUGCACUGGAUAGAGCAGGAGGCGUAGAGGAGUAUGGGCCAGACCUGUCAAUUGCAACUGUUCAGUCUCAGAGCACUAUGUGUGACUCACAGGCCACAGCAGCUGAUGGCUCAUAUCUUCCACUUGUGGCUUUCAUGGACGUCAGCCCUUUCGGCUCUCAAGCUACAAAGGUGCUGAAGGUCCGGCCCUUGCUCACUCUCACUAAUCGAUUGGGAGAACCAGUGUUUGUGAGACCACCAGGGUCAGAGGAGCAUAUCACGGAGUUGGCUCCAUCUGACUGGCACAGGCCACUUGUUUACCCACGGGGCUUUGGAGCGGACACAUUUCAGGUUCGUACUAGUUUAUCCGAGUGGAGCUAUCCGCUCAAGCUUUCUGUGGAUGCUGAGGUGAUCGCUGUUGUACGACUGCUGAGAGACAAUUCCCGCCACUUCAUUCGAAUAGACGCCCGGUCUGGAGGGGCCACGUCCAAGCAUAUUAUAUCAUUCCGGUUCGGAGGUCUUCACCUUCCAUUCAAGCUUGAAAAUCAUUCCAGCCACUCUGUCUAUUUCCGGCAAAGUGGUCUACCCAUGACAGCAUGGGAAGUCCUCCUUCCUAAAUCAGCUUCUGCGUUUGCUUGGGAAGUCCCAGACGAAGAUCACUUUUUGGAGGUUUAUGCCUGGCCAUGUAAUGAAGCUUCCGGUGACUUUUCAGGAAGCAGGGUGAACCUUCCAGACACCUUGCUGUACGAUCUAUCAGAGCCAGGAGAUCUUGCCUCGCUUCCUCUGCCUGCUGCUGGUCAUCUGCGCGUUCAGUCAUUUGACUGUGAUAGUGUCCGCAUCGUUCGCUUCACGAAUGGUGGAGGUAUGACCGGGGAGGAGGAGGGGGAGCAGCAACAGCAGCAGCCACAGCAGAGGGAUGGUGAGGUGGCUGCACCUGCUGGCUCGACUCUUGAGCAGCAGCAGAGCGCCAAUGUCGUGAACAAGGGCUCGAGAAUGGAGAUCAGUUUGGACCUCAUGAGUGUGGGGUUGUCGAUCAUUGACCAGCGACCUCAGGAAUUGCUGUAUGCGUUUUCAGAAGGUUUCCUGCUGGAAUACCAUUACGACGGGCGAGAUGACUCAAGCAGGGUGAAGCUGAUACUGAAGAGUCUGCGCAUUGAUAACCAGCUGCCUCUGUCUCCCUUGCCGGUGCUCCUGUUCUUGGAGCAGAAAGGCAUGCCUGAAAAGGACUAUGUCUUCAAGUUCCUUGUCUUAUCUCGUGGCAGCAUGAAGCAAGACGAAGUUUGCUACCCAAAACUCACGCUCUGGCUGGCACAGGAGCCGUGGCAAGUGAAUGUACAUGAGGCCAUUGUGUGGCGGCUGUGGGAGCUCUUGGAAAGCAUUUGCUGGGAGCACUUCUCUCCAGCAGAGAGUGGUGGAGUUGACGGAGGGGCAGUAGCUGCUGUCCAGGUUGACCCAAUGAUUCGCAUAGACCGCCUUGUUGUCUCGGAUGCUCACCUCAAGCUUACGCUUGAAGCUGCCCCGACAUCCCGUCCGGCACAGCUCCUUGGCGCAUGGAACAGUCUCGUCACUGCAGCAGGCAACACCAAGCGCAUGCCGGUCCGGCUGUCAGGGGCAACAGCUGAGUCGAGACGACUGCGCAGGAGCAUCUUCAUGGAGGCAGUGGUGCGGCAUGUGCUGCGGGAUAUCCUGCACCAGUCAUUGCGCCUGCUGUCCGGUGUGGACGUGCUGGGGGUCAUCAGCUCCACGCUCACUGCUCUCGGACAUGGAGCUUCGAGGCUCGUUCACAAAGAGGACAUGGUCAAUAGGCACUUCCAGCAGGCUCUUGGCAAUCAGCUGGACAACGUUGGAGAGGGCCUUCUUUAUGGUGCUGAGGCGAUGGCCAAGGGAGUGGCCUUAGGGGUGACUGAUGUCCUUGUCCGUUCUCGCUCCGGCUAUGAGACCCAUGGCCCACCAGGACUGCUCCUUGGGCUCAGCAAGGGCUUGGCAGGGCUUGUGGUGCAUCCAGUGACAGGCUGUCUGCACUCUCUGGCGUUCCUUGUCGCUGGCGUGGAUGCGUCUACUGCUUCAUGUGCUCGCAUGGUGCAGCGCAAGCCUCAGCUGCAGCGACUGCGUCUGCCCAGGGCGAUCUCUGCUGAUGGGGUUGUCCACGAGUACAGCAAGGAUGACGCAGUUGGCCAGAUGGUAUUGUUCAUGGCCGAAGCUGGCUCAUACUUUGGGAGGCAUGACAUUUUCAGGGACCACUCCAAGUUCGCCCUUUCAGAUGCCUACGUGAAUCACAUUCUUCUGCCCAACUGCCGCAUCCUACUAAUUACCAGUCGCAGGGUGAUGAUGCUCGAGUGUCCUGUGGAUCCAGCAGGCCAGCCUGACUCACUUGCCCUGGUGCAAGGUCCAUCCCUUGUGCGGUGGGAUGUUUCUUGGGACAACCUUCUGGCUUUGGAAACCAAGCCCAUUCCUAGCUUCCCUCGGCCAGUGGUCUGUGUGCAUAUGCGAGAACCUACUCCUCAACGCCUCUAUGCCAUCAUCCGCUGCCGAGAAUCACAUCCUGCUGAGCACGUGCUGGCUGACAUUGCCUCAGCAUUUGAGACCUAUGGUCCGAAACCAGUCAAUAUCCAAGCAGCACAGGUCCCAAAUGAGACUCCUCACCAUUCGUUCCUGUCCGCUGCCAGCAGCCAAUCCUCUCUCUCUCUCACCUCUUCAUCAGCCCGGCCCAUCCAGCCAACACAGUCCAGGAGGUUCGGUCGCCAGCACAGCGUUCGAACCUCCGAGGCGGCACUGGCGAUCGGCCGGUCUGCUCUCACUAACAUUGGAUGGGUCUAUCUCUCAAUCCCUUUCCAGGAUGCUGCUGAAGCUGGGCAUUUUGCGAUUUGGAAGCCAGUGCCUCCAGAAGGGUACGUCUCCCUGGGGGAUGUGGCAUGGCGAGGCCUGACUCCCCCUCCAGCUGUGCGGGUGCACUCCAUCACGCCAACUUCACUGGCUGCUGGUUCCGCCAAAGCAUUUGCCACGCCGAAGGACUACUUUCUUGUGUGGAGGAAUCGAGUUACCAAAACUCAAGAUCCAGUCAGUAUAUGGAGGCCUAUCCCUCCAGAGGGGUAUGUUGACAUGGGCUGUGUGGCAGUGGGGGGCUACGACAAGCCAACAAAGGGUGACUCCCGCUUGACAGUGCACUGUGUUCGCCAGGACUUGGUGAGGCCUGCCGAGGUGGAGGAGGUGGAGCUGUGGCAUACUGCAUCCAGGUGGGAACAUUCAUGGGGUUGCCAUGUGCAUCAGGUCAAUAACGCGGCAAGAACAUUCAUUGCGGUUAGAAGUAGAGAGGAAAGGGAGGGUAUUGAGAAUGGGUGGGAUGUUUAA